UUAAAAGAAAGGAAGAAAAAGUAGAGAGAGAAAGAGAGCAUUAUUCUUUAACAAUAAACGUUUCGCGCGAUCUCUUUUUCUCCCAGUAAUUUCUUUUUUUUUUUUUGCAUAUUCCUCAAUCCUCCCAUCUCUUAGCAAUUCAAAUUUCAUAAAAGUUUUUUUUCUUAGGUGUUGGAUCUGCCCAAACAGUUUUGUUUGCCCUCGCUGGAAUUAUCGUCGAGCUAAUUUCUUCCUUCAAUGCUCGCCUUCCGAGGCCUCUAGAUCAGGGACAUUGAUUAGGUCUCUUGGAUUUCAUUUCGUUACGCAGCAUUGGCAGCUCUUUUCUGAUAUAGUCAGUCUGAGCAAGCUAUAGUUUUGCGGUAGGCUGAUGAAGAACGGAAUGAUAGAAUGCAGCGUUUGUCACUCCAAGUUGGUUUCCCCUACCACAAAAGGUAUAUCGAGGGCAUAUGAUCGACAUAAGAUCAGAGUAUCAUCUAAGCAACGAGCCCUAAACACCCUCUUGGUUGUUGGUGAUUGUAUCUUGGUUGGUUUGCAGCCUAUUUUGGUUUAUAUGUCCAAGGUGGAUGGGAAAUUCAUGUUCAGUCCAAUUAGUGUUAACUUUUUGACCGAGAUUGCGAAGGUUAUCUUUGCUAUUGUUAUGCUGAUACUCCAGGCUAGACAUCAGAAAGUUGGGGAAAAACCUCUUCUCUCAAUAUCAACAUUUAUGCAGGCAGCACGUAACAAUGUGCUUCUUGCUGUGCCAGCAUUUCUCUAUGCAAUCAAUAAUUACCUAAAGUUUACCAUGCAGCUAUAUUUCAACCCUGCAACUGUGAAGAUGCUUAGCAAUUUAAAGGUUUUGGUGAUUGCUGUCUUGCUAAAGGUGAUUAUGAGACGUCGAUUUUCCAUUAUUCAGUGGGAAGCACUUGCGCUGUUGCUUAUUGGAAUAAGCGUAAAUCAGUUGCGGUCACUACCUGAAGGUGCCCCUAAUUUGGGUCUCACAGUUACCAUGGGCGCAUAUGUCUACACUCUGAUUUUUGUAACUGUUCCAUCUCUAGCUUCCGUUUAUAACGAAUAUGCUUUGAAGAGCCAGUAUGAUACUAGCAUCUAUCUCCAGAACCUGUUUUUAUAUGGAUAUGGUGCGAUAUUCAACUUCAUGGGAAUCUUGGGAACGGUUAUUAUGAAAGGUCCUAGCAGUUUUGAUAUACUCCAAGGUCAUUCAAAAGCCACAAUGCUGCUAAUAGCUAAUAAUGCAGCCCAAGGAAUUCUAUCCUCUUUCUUCUUUAAAUAUGCAGAUACAAUUCUGAAGAAGUACUCCUCAACCGUUGCUACUAUCUUUACAGGCAUAGCGUCUGCGGCAUUGUUUGGUCAUACUUUGACUAUGAACUUUGUCUUGGGAAUAUCUAUAGUGUUCAUCUCUAUGCACCAGUUCUUCUCACCCCUCUCAAAAGUCAAAGACGAGCAGAAUGGGAUGACAGAAAUGGUGGAUGUAGAUAACCAGCGGUCCAAGGGAUCCUUCAUAAAUAUAGCAGCAGGAGCAAAUGAUGAGGCUAGUCAUCUUGUUGGUUCUGAUGAGAGAAAGCCACUUCUUCCAACCUAAAUGUUUUCCUGGACAUGGAUUUUGUAGGAAGUUUUGGCUGGAUCAUUGGACCGUGGAAAGGCGGGCGAUGGGUCUCAACCUUUUCGAAUAAAAUUCUUUUGAUGAGGUCCUACAAGGUUUGAAAAAUAGAGCAUUCCUCAUUCCUCAGGUUGGUUUGGAUAUGAAAUUUUUGUUGCUACAGAUUAGAAUAGAUAAUAACACAUGGGUAUCGUCAUAUACCAAGGUCUAUACAGCCCUACCUUCAUUUCAAGUUGUGGUUUUAGUAAAAUGUAUUAUUAUUCUUUACCCCAGAUUGAUUAUAACUAAUAAUUUUUGUCUAUUUCCUUCCAAUAUUUCAAAUUUUUAUGUAUCCUUCCCCCCACACUGAAAAUGUAGUCCUACAAUUCAGAUCUUAUGGUAAAAAGUAAACUCACUUUUUAUCAUACAUAUAAUGGAAAUGUUAUAUAGAGGAUAUAUAGUUUCUUUGCUUGAAAGUUGCAA